AUGCAUUCGAGUCCCAACUCUAUACGGCUUAUUUCCGGAAACUCUCACAGAAAGCUUUCGGAGCUAAUAGCCGAGCGCUUGGCGAUUCCUCUUUCUAAAGUCGGUGCUUUCCAGUACAGCAAUAAGGAAACCGCUGUCGCAGUGGGAGAAUCUGUAAGAGAUGAUGACGUUUAUAUCAUUCAGACGGGAUACGGCGAAACGGAAAUUAACGAUUUUUUGAUGGAACUUCUUCACUUGAUUAAUGCUUGCCGUAUCGGUGGUGCUCGAAGAAUCACUGCUGUCAUUCCGAAUUUCUUCUACGCAAGACAGGACAAGAAAGACAAGUCUAGAGCCCCUAUUACUGCCAAGUUGAUCGCUAAUUUGUUGCAGACAUCAGGUUGUAAUCACCUUAUCACCUUGGAUUUACAUGCCUCUCAAAUCCAAGGUUUCUUCAAGGUUCCUGUUGACAAUUUGUAUGCGGAACCAAGCGCCUUACGAUUUAUCACAGAGAAUUACUCCACUGACCAACUAACUAUUGUCUCUCCAGAUGCUGGAGGUGCAAAGAGAGUGGCAUAUAUUGCUGACAAGUUGGAUGUCCCCUUUGCGUUGAUCCACAAAGAAAGACAGAAAGCAAAUGAGGUGUCCAAAAUGGUGUUGGUGGGUGACGUCUCAAACAAGAUUUGCUUAUUGAUUGACGACAUGGCUGACACUUGUGGUACCCUUUGUAAAGCUGCCGACGUUCUUUUGUCGAAUGGGGCACAAAAAGUUGUGGCCAUUGUUACCCAUGGUAUCUUCUCCAGCAAUGCUAUCGAAAAGUUGAAUAAGUCAAAACUUGACAAGAUUGUCUGCACGAACUCUUUGCCUUUGGAUGACAAGUUGGCCCGCUGCCCAAAGCUUGAGCUUCUAGACAUCAGUCCAACUCUUGCAGAGGCAAUCAGAAGAUUGCAUAAUGGUGAAAGUGUUUCCUACUUAUUCGAGAAUGUCCCCGAAUAA